ACCCAAAAGCCCCAAAACCCAUCGAUCCCCUUUCGUCCUGCCCCAUCACCGAGCUCCGGCGGUCGGCUUGCCUGCCAUGGCCUCGCCGGCGCCGGCGCCAGCGCCGUCGAGCGCCAGCCGUCGGCGCGGAUCCCGACCGCCCUCACCGACGGCCUCCUCGGUGGGAUCCUCGCCUGCAUUCCCACCUCGAAAAAGGCGCCGGUCCUUGCGUCCGCCUCCCUUCCUCGGGUUGGCCUGCUACGACGGCUUCUACCCCGCCACGGAGCCCCACCCAUCCGCCAAGCGCGCCCUCGCCCUCGCUCGCAAGGCCGAUUUCGAGUACUUUUUCGUGCCGUGUGUGCCGGAGGAGGAAGCCUGGGGCUGGUUCCCCCUGGACGCCCGCGACGGCCGUGUCCUCAUCCAAUCCAAGUACUUCCCCGAUGACCUCGACGGCGGCGACUCCCCCCGCCCUCGCUUCAUGAACUACGCCGUGUGCGAUCCCCUGUUCAAGCGAUACGUGCUGCUCCCACCAAUACCUGACGACCUAACCGUCAAUGAGGGGAGCCUUCUUGAUUUUGGGCUCUGCCUUGCUCCCUCCCAAGAGGAUGAGGCGGAUACAUCAUUCAGGGUGAUAUGCGUGGUGCGGUACAAAACUAAGCUGGUCAUGUUCGUCUUCUCUUCUGUGACUAGGCAAUGGGGAAUCGCUACAUCUUCAGACUGGAGUUCUUUGGGCACAGAAGAGCCUCCUAACUGCUAUGGCCUGGAUUGCUUCGACUAUGUUGAUGGCUGCUUCUACUGGACAGUGCCUUCGCCGGACAAAAUUCUCGUGCUUCAUGCCCUCAAUAUGGAGUUAUCUGUUAUCAACUAUGCUCAUCGUGUGGAGGACAGCUUUCGGGCUUGCAUUGCAGUUGAUAGAGAAGGAACCCCUGGGAUGCUCACUGUUGGUGAAUACUUGGGGAAUCGGCAGUUUCGCUUCUCUCGCAUCGCGAAACAAAGUGGCCAUGAACAUGAAUCUCCCAAUGAACGCCUGUCGGAGAGUAUUAUACGUUUGCCCAGCUACCAUAAUGAGUACUUCACUUUAGGUGCAGCUGAGGGAUUUAUUUUCCUUCGAGGCAUUCCAGAAGAUGUGGAAUUUGAAGACUCUUUAUCACAGGAUCUUUACAUGGAAUUUGAAGAAGUAGAUUAUUAUUCGCUGAAUGUCAAGACUGCUGAAUUUGAGAUGGUCUGCGCGAUGGACAUGGACAAGUGUUACUAUAGUGUUUGCCCAUACUUCCGCUUUUCACCACCAUCGGCAAAAAAAUGUGUUUGAAGUGGUUACCGAGUCAUCCCAUGCUGAAAAUGUGGCUUCGGGCAACAGCAGUGAUGACCACCUUUUGUAAAGGAUCUUCUUUUGUGAAGUUGGAUUCUGUGUUGAGUAUGCAAGGACAGGAACUUGCUGUGAAGGCUCUUUGGUUGUGCUCCAACUUUUGUGAAGGCUUUCCUUUUGUCAAGUUGGACUUCCUACUGGUGGUGGUGGUACUGUUAACCACUUAACCCCUACUGUUAGUAAUUUAGCAUGAUGUUGAGAGUGAACAAGCCUCUCCUUUGGUGAAGUUAGACUUGCUGCUGGUGGUACAUUUGACACCUAGUGUUAGUAAUUUAGCAUGAUGUAUGUUGAGAGUGAACAGGCCUCUCCUUUUGUAAAGUGCACAUGCAUAUGCACCUCUGAACAAUUAUAGUAGGAGCUGAUAUUGGACUGCAUGCCUUGCAUAUGUUCCUCCGAACAAUAUAUAUGUACUGGUAGGCUGCAAUCAGCUGCGCGUUAAUGCUGAAUUACUGAAA